AAGUAAUCGCAUUGUACCUGCAGCUACGAAACUUGCUUCAAAUUCAGACCGAUUUACCUGCGUAGACUAAGAGCUGGGUAUCAGAACGACCAAGUCUAUUCGUCUGUGGAAACUUGUCCUUUGCAUCAAGUUUAGUCUUUUCCGUUUCUUGUCAGCGGGCUUUAUUGCCCUCAACUUAACAUUUUCUACAGCAUACAAAUGAUCAGGUAGCGCUCACCAACAGCAUGGCGACCAACGGCGAAACGCCCAAAAGGGAAUUGACUCCAGCAGCAGCGACAAGCACAGCGCCAGCAGCCACCAGAUCGACCUCGCCCAGAGCCGGCACACCUCCCGCAUCUUCCCUUCCCCAGAAGCGCGUCCUGAUGGAGGACGACCACGCGCCCGCCGUCCGGUCCCCGCUCAACCCAGACGCGAGGUCCGCCCCGGCCAGGGCGCAGUCUCAAGCCCGCGAUGAGCAGCAACCAUCCGGCGUUGCUGCGCGCGAGAAGCGCACCAAGAAGGAGUCUUUGAAGAAACGCGAGAGCAAGGGUGUUGUUGGGGGUGCGGGUGGUUCCGCGACGGUCGAGAGCUCGAGGGCUACGCCUGAUCCUAGGCAAAAGGAUCAGAGCCCCAUUGACCCAAACAAAGCCGCUCCAGCGCGAUAUCCCCAGCUGCUCCCCGCCAUGAGGAGUAGCGACUUUGAGGCUCCUCGCGCGCCAACUUUUACAAGUCACCAUGAGGUUACAGGGCCUGACGGCGAGACUAUCGAGUUUGGUGAGACGACAGAGCAAUCAGUGAACAGAAAAGGUUAUGUCUACAACUACUGCAUAGCUGAUCCAGCGUUUCCCUCCAUGGUCUACUACCGUCAUACCGACCAGCUCCCAUACACCGCCCAUCUCAGCGUAGAAGACGCGGCACAACAAAUGUACUUCGACCGAUCCGCCAUGCACGUUACUGGUGAGCUGGGCUUCCGCAUGGCGCGAGCGAAUGUAGGAGUGCGUGAGGGCCGCUGGUAUUGGGAAUGCAAGGUGACGCGCGGUGUAAUAAACCCCGAACGAAGCAAACAAAAAUCCGCAGAAAACGAUGCUGAAGGGGAGGUGAACGAGGCAAAGUCACACGGUCACGUGCGAAUGGGUUGGGCGCGCAGGGAGGCAUCGCGGGAUGCGCCGGUCGGUCUGGACGCAUACAGCUAUGCGAUACGUGACGUUGGCGGUCAGAAGGUGCACAUGUCACGGCCAAAGGACUUCUUCCCGCCCGGAGAGGACGUGCGGGAAGGCGACGUAAUAGGCCUGGAGAUAUGCCUUCCAUCGGAGCAGCUGCAUCGCAAGGUUGUUCAGGGCCACUACAACCCCGCCGUCGAUCUUCUAGACGAGGAGACACCGGACCUCCACGCUGCCGCCGAAGCGUCCAACAUUGUGCGGGAGCGGGUGGUAAUACGGGGCAAGACGAAUCUUUUCUCGGAAGUUUUCGACUACCAUCCGAUCAAGGAGUUGGAAGACCUCAUGAAUCCGUCGCCAAUGGCUGCAGCCGGCGCCGGGCACGGCCACUUGUCAGAAAGGCCAAACCCAAACCACCGUGUCCCGUGCCUACGGACACUGCCUAAAUCAUACAUCAAAAUCUACAAAAACGGUGUUCUCAUGGGCACUCCAUUCGAGGACCUACUGAGCUUCUUGCCCCCUGCUUCGACACCGAAUGCAAAACUACAAGACGGCGCCAAGGAGGGUUUCGACGACGGUACAGUGGGCUACUACCCAGCAGUGAGCGUGUUCCGUGGAGGGGCGGCCGAGGUAAAUUUCGGCCCCGAUUUCUGGUACCCGCCGCCGGGCUAUGGGAGCUCAACAUCUGCGACGGCGACAAACGGCGACGUGGAGAUGACGGAUGCAGACGCUGCCGCCGUCCCCAACACAAGUACUGGACCAUCGGCCCCGCCAACCGUGAAGCCUAUGUUCGAGAGAUACAACGAGCAGAUAGCCGAGGACAUCGUUUACGACAUCAUAGAUGAGGUGCAUUUCUGGGUGCAAGACGGCCGCAAGGCGGACGGGAAUAUCGAUGGGGUUGAUGCAGCAGAUCGGAUGCAAGAGGACUGAGCAACUUGGAUUCUGAAUAUCAGGAAGGCCGGUUGUAUGCUCUAGACUCUAGCCCCAAGUCCUACAUAUCGAUAGAGAGUUGGCUAGGUCAUGGGCCAGUGUCUACGCAUACACGGUCGCCCAGCCUCUUCUUUGAGCAUUUUGGCUCGGGUUUUCGGAUCUAUGAGGGUAAUUUGGCGUAAAAGGGAUACCCCGCGGCUCAGCAGCUGCGCUUUACGAGACAUGAAAUGACCGUUGACAAUCUGGAAGACGUACUCGAGCUCCAAACUUAUCACCUGCCGUAGGAAUCCUCACAGUGAACAAAAGCAAUUGCUGCUUGAUGCAUAAACUAAACUAAAGUACGAUUGGGGUCAUAAACGGGUAUUAAACAUCAUUAUCGCCGUAAUAUCCAUGUUGCCAUCUGACGCAUUAAUUUUCGCAGUCGGGUCCGACCAG